CGGAACGGGUGAAGGCGGAAGUGAGGGCCGGGGCCUCCGAGACGCACCGGCGGGAGCGGCGCUGCGGGCGUUGCAACCUGCCUAUAGGUGGAUCCCAGUACAGAACCUGCAGCAUCCUUAACUCUUGGCACUCCUGCACUUAAACCACAAUGGCAGGUCGAGGUGGAGCUGCCCGACCGAAUGGACCAGCUGCUGGGAACAAAAUUUGCCAGUUUAAACUUGUUCUCUUGGGCGAGUCUGCGGUGGGGAAGUCCAGCCUGGUCCUGCGCUUUGUGAAGGGGCAGUUCCACGAGUACCAGGAGAGCACAAUUGGAGCUGCCUUCCUAACACAGACAGUGUGUCUGGAUGACACGACAGUGAAGUUUGAGAUCUGGGACACGGCGGGGCAGGAGCGAUACCACAGCCUGGCCCCCAUGUACUACCGGGGGGCUCAGGCAGCCAUUGUGGUCUACGACAUCACGAACACAGACACAUUUGUACGAGCCAAGAACUGGGUGAAAGAGUUGCAGAGGCAGGCUAGCCCCAAUAUUGUAAUUGCACUAGCAGGAAACAAGGCAGACCUUGCUAACAAGAGAGCUGUGGACUUCCAGGAUGCACAAACAUAUGCAGAUGACAACAGCUUGCUGUUCAUGGAGACGUCAGCGAAGACAGCAAUGAAUGUGAAUGAAAUCUUCAUGGCAAUAGCCAAGAAACUGCCAAAAAAUGAACCCCAGAGUGCUCCUGGUGGCCCAGGCAGGAAUCGGGUGGUGGACCUUCAGGAGAGCAGCCAGCCGAGCAGAAGCCAGUGCUGCAGCAACUGAGCAGCUGCUCUGGCCCACGAGCCCUUGGAGGACGUGACUGGAACCCACGCUAACGAUCGCACUUACCGUAGGGCGGCUGCUGCCGGCACCGCUGUGAUUCUCCAUCCCUUUCUGAUCAUAGGCUGGAGGGAGUUCUUCCACCUGCACCUUUCUGUACAAAUACUAAUUCAAUUCUAAGUCUUAAGUCACUUUUUUAAUAUAUGAACUUCUGCUCUUCCCUCUUCCUGGUGGUGGUGGAUGCAGGACCUGGUGUCUGCCCAGCCAGCGUGGCCGUCCCGCAGGUGAGGCCAGCAGCACCCAGGUCCCACAGCACUGUAGUUCACUAUGGGAAACAAAGGGAUAUUGGGACACGUGUUGAAAGUUCCCUGUCUGUACGAGCUGAGGCUGAUCCCAUACGAUGUGCCCAGAACAACCACUAAACUGUAGCAUUAGAGACAAACUCCGGCUCUUGGGCCACUUAUUGACCAAAUCAGUGAUGAGUAUUUGGGGUGGGGCAGAGGGAAGCAAAACUGGUUUCUUCUGUAUUUUGUAUUGUAUGUUUCUCCAUGUAACCAAUCAGUAUCUUGUCAAUAUAGUACAUCCAACGA